UCAUUAUUAUUAAAAAAUCUUUCAAGUUGGAAAGUUUUCCAGUAUUUUGAAUAUUUUCUAACAGAAUAAUUCCUGUGAUCUCUCUCCAUUGAGUAAAUGGUGGGCCUUAAAUACAGUUGUGCCCUAGUAAAUGCUUAACAAUUGACUGUCCAGGAAAAAAAAAAAGGAAAUCAAAACAAAACCCUGAUUUGUAGUAUUUGUUAAUUUUCUUGAUGUAAAUACUUAUACUAUGAUCACUUUCAAGCUAUCAACAUAAAGUCAACUGGUUUGCAAAUUUUCUGAAAAUUUAACAGUUCCUGUGAGUUGGUCAAGCCAAUUCUAGCAUACCACUGCAAGAUUUCAUAAGCAAAGCAGAUAUGAGAUCACAUCCUGGAUAUUAACCUAAUGAGCAGUAGUCAUAUCGAGAGAAGAUAAUAAAUCGCUUCAUGUAAGGUUCUUUAUUCAUGUGUUAGUUACAUAAUACCUAGGGACUUUGCAGAAUCUGAGUAAACCCAUUGAGUUGCUAUAUGACAUCUGUCAUAUGGUAGUUAAAUAGAGCUGUGGUUUAGUGAGCAAAAUAACAUACUUGAAAGCAAAAGCUAGAUUUUACUUGAGAUUAUAUGAUUUACAGAUAGCGUGACCUCCAACAAGUCACAUAAUCUCGUCAGACUUUAUUUUCCUCAUUUAUAAAAUGAAAAUAAAAAAUACCUACUUUGCAUAAAUAUGAAUUGUAUUAGGGUUAAGUAAUUGUCAUAAUAGCAUCUAGCACAGUCGUGGCACAUCUAUAGCAUUAAAUGUUCAUUUGGGACAUUUUAUGUUUUUAAGACUAAAUAUGAUAGCGCCAUGAAGGGAGGAGAUUUUUUUUUUUUUCCCGUUGUGUUUACUGCUGUAUGUUCAGCACCUGGAAUAAUACGUAGUAUAUAGUAGGUAGCCAGUAAUUAUCUGUAUAGGACAUGAAUCGUCAAUGUGCAGGAGAUGCUGGAAUUAUCUUUCCCAGACUAUCACUAAUACUAUCAUAAUUUCUCUAAAGAAGAGACAAAUAGUCUAUAUAACUAUUAUAUAGACAUAAUAGUCAUAGGUUGUUAUUGAAAAUACAGUCUUCAACCAGCCUUCACAGCUCGCCUCCGCCUGCUGUUCCAUCUUGUUCUUCCUGUCUCACCAGCCUCCUUUUCCUUUUCCUCCCCCAUUCACCUGACUUUGGAAUCCCGUGUCCCAUGUCCCAGUCAGUGAGUUGGAACGCUAUAACUUAGACCCUGGGCAUGACACCAGACUUCGAGGUUGAAAUGGAGCUUUGUCUGCCUCAGUCUCUCUAUUGGAAUCUUUCUAUGGCCAUGAGAGAAAAAUCAACUAAACUAAGCAGCAAAUGGUAACUUAUUUGUUUAAAAAGUUGGAAAGUCCAAAGGAAAAGCUAGCUAGCUUCAAAGCCCACUGGAUUCAGAGCUGACACUGUCAUUUGGCUUCUCUCUGCUCCUCAGCUCUGACUUCUGUUUUUCAGAUUUCCAUCUUCAGCUCUGCAAGGUGGCCACAGCAGCAGUCUCAGGCUCACCUUGUUAGGGCACCGGCUCCUGCAGCAGAGUCUGCUUUCCUGGAAGCUGAAACAGGUUUCAGGGGUCCCAGAUCAAAGGUUUCCAGGCCCUCAUGGUCUGCCUUGUUUCAUAGCCCAUCCCUGGAGGUCACACCUGGGACAGAGUGUGUGAGGCAAGGUGAUUGUGUUAAUAACCAUUCGCAGCCUCCACACUCUGGAUCUGGCAGCGGGGUUAGCUGCACCUCAGACAUGUAGACGAAGGUGGGAGGUGGAUCCCCAAGCACAACAUAUGAGGACUGGUAAACUCCAAAGGGGGAACCAAAAUAACAAAUAGCAAUCAUUUCUCCCCGCCGUGAGCAAUCUAAGACAUCUAAACCCACUUUGUUCCAGAAAUUGUGUGAUCGCGUGUACUCCCUCACUAGAGAAUGUCUAGUCUGUGUGCCAUUCCUGUUUUAUUUUUUAAGUAAGAAGUUUUUUAUUUAUUUAAAAGUGUCACAUAGAAAUUAAUAGAAAAUCAAAUAAUACAAAGAUACAUACAGUGAAAAGUAAGCUUCCCUUCUUUCUAUGAUUCCUCUCCCCUCCAGAGAGAAGCACUGCUUUGAAUUUCUUUGGAUCUGCAACUAUGUGGGACCUGCAAAGGUUAUUGUUCAGUUGGUCACAAAUGGAAAAAACAUCCACCUGCAUGCACACAGCCUGGUGGGAAAACACUGUGAGGAUGGCGUCUGCACUGUGACAGCCGGGCCCAAGGACAUGGUGGUCGGCUUUGCAAACCUGGGUAUUCUUCAUGUGACAAAGAAAAAAGUAUUCGAAACACUGGAAGCACGAAUGACAGAUGCCUGUAUACGGGGCUAUAAUCCCGGACUUUUGGUGCAUCCUGAUCUUGCCUAUUUGCAGGCAGAAGGUGGAGGAGACCGGCAGCUCACAGAUCGGGAAAAAGAAAUCAUCCGCCAGGCAGCUCUUCAGCAGACGAAGGAGAUGGACCUCAGCGUGGUACGGCUCAUGUUUACAGCUUUCCUUCCAGACAGCACCGGCAGCUUCACGAGGCGUCUGGAGCCUGUGGUGUCGGACGCCAUCUACGACAGCAAAGCCCCCAAUGCAUCUAACUUGAAAAUAGUAAGAAUGGACAGGACAGCUGGAUGUGUAACUGGAGGGGAAGAGAUUUAUCUUCUUUGUGACAAGGUUCAGAAAGAUGACAUCCAGAUUCGAUUUUAUGAAGAGGAGGAAAACGGUGGAAUUUGGGAAGGAUUUGGAGAUUUUUCCCCCACAGAUGUUCACAGACAAUUUGCCAUUGUCUUCAAAACUCCAAAGUAUAAAGAUGUCAACAUUACAAAACCAGCCUCCGUGUUCGUCCAGCUUCGGAGGAAAUCUGAUUUGGAAACUAGCGAACCAAAACCUUUCCUCUACUAUCCUGAAAUCAAAGAUAAAGAGGAAGUGCAAAGGAAACGACAGAAGCUCAUGCCCAAUUUCUCGGACAGUUUCGGCGGUGGCAGCGGGGCUGGAGCCGGAGGCGGGGGCAUGUUUGGCAGCGGUGGUGGAGGUGGGGGUGCUGGAAGUACCGGCCCAGGGUAUGGCUUCCCCCACUAUGGAUUCCCCACGUAUGGCGGAAUUACCUUCCAUACUGGAACCACUAAAUCUAAUGCUGGGAUGAAGCAUGGAACCAUAGACACCCCAUCUAAAAAUGACCCUGAAAGUUGUGGCAAGAGUGAUGACAGAGAGGUUGUAAAUCUCUCCAAGCAAGUAACAGAAACCACAGAACAAGAUGGAGUAUCCUGCAAGGGGGGCACUGCAGCUAACCUGACGUGCUCGGUAGGAGUAAAGGAAGAGAACCGCGGCUUCCAGGAUAACCUCUUUCUGGAGAAGGCUAUGCAGCUGGCCAAGCAGCACGCCAACGCCCUCUUUGACUACGCAGUGACAGGAGACGUGAAGAUGCUGCUGGCCGUCCAGCGCCAUCUCACUGCCGUGCAGGAUGAGAACGGGGACAGUGUCUUACACUUGGCAAUCAUCCACCUUCAUAAUCAGCUUGUGAGAGAUCUGCUGGAAGUCACAUCUGGCUUGAUUUCUGAUGAAAUUAUCAACAUGAGAAAUGAUCUCUACCAGACACCCCUGCACUUGGCAGUGAUCACCAGACAGGAAGCUGUGGUGGAGGACUUGCUGAGGGCUGGCGCUGACCUGAGCCUCCUGGACCGCUUGGGUAACUCUGUUUUGCACCUCGCUGCCAAAGAAGGACAUGAUAAAAUUCUCGGUAUUUUACUCAAGCACAAAAAGGCAGCACAACUUAUUAACCACCCCAAUGGGGAAGGUCUGAAUGCCAUCCAUGUAGCCAUGAUGAGCAACAGCUUGCCGUGCCUGCUGCUGCUGAUGGCCGCGGGGGCUGACGUCAACGCCCAGGAGCGGAAGUCGGGGCGCACGGCGCUGCACCUGGCCGUGGAGCACGACAACAUCUCCUUGGCUGGCUGCCUGCUCCUGGAGGGUGAUGCCCACGUGGACAGCACCACUUAUGACGGGACUACACCCCUGCACAUAGCGGCCGGCAGAGGGUCCACCAGGCUGGCAGCUCUUCUCAAAGCAGCAGGAGCAGAUCCCCUGGUGGAGAACUUCGAGCCUCUGUACGACCUGGAUGACUCCUGGGAUGAGGAUGGAGAGGAUGAAGGGGUGGUACCAGGAACCACUCCUCUGGACAUGGCCAGCAGCUGGCAGGUAUUUGACAUAUUAAAUGGGAAACCCUAUGAGCCAGAGUUUACGCCUGAUGAUCUGCUGGCACAAGGAGACAUGAAACAGCUGACUGAAGAUGCAAAGCUGCAGCUCUACAAGUUGCUAGAAAUUCCUGAUCCAGACAAAAACUGGGCUACUCUGGCACAGAAAUUAGGUCUGGGGAUACUGAACAACGCCUUCCGGCUGAGUCCCGCUCCUUCCAAAACCCUCAUGGACAACUACGAGGUCUCCGGGGGCACCAUAAAGGAGCUGGUGGAGGCCCUGAGACAGAUGGGCUACACCGAGGCCAUUGACGUGAUCCAGGCAGCCUUCUGCACUGCAGACACCAGCCCGGCCAAGACCACCUCUCAAGCCCACUCGCUGCCAUUCGCCCCCGCCUCCACAAGGCCACAAAUAGACGAGCUCCGGGACGACAGCAUCUGUGACAGCGGUGUAGAGACCUCCUUCCGCAAACUCAGCUUCACGGAGUCUCUGACCAGCGGCACCUCCUUGCUAACUCUUAACAAAAUGCCCCACGACUACGGGCAGGAAGGACCUAUAGAAGGCAAAAUUUAGCCUGCUGGCAGCUUCCAAUACCGAGGAAACCAAAGCUCGGAAACUCCACCGUGUCGCCCAGAGGAAGAAGGCACACUCAAGGGUGCUUCGAGGAACACAGGCCGGCCUGGAUCACUCUGGGUGUAGUUCCAGGCCUUGUAAACGUGGAUUUCUUCUUUGGUUCUGAAAUGAAUUUUAGCUGAGUUGAGAGAUAGUAACCACAGUCACAGCCGGUGGCUGGGCUGAUGCCCGCUGGGAGAGCGGUAGCUUGUCGAGCUUUACCAGCUGCUUUCUGUUGUCAUUGCUGCUGUCCCUCUGCUGCUUGCCCACUCUUGUUACAAGUUGUCACACUCCCACCUGGCCUGCCUUCUGGCUGUCCACAGCACAGGUGUGCACUCACAUCAAGGAUUACGGAAGGGGAUGUUUUCAAAUGAGACUGACGUGGUAUGAUUUUAAAAGACUCAAACUGCGCCUUUCCUGGGGGCCCAGUGGUUAGGACCCGGCACUUCCACUGCAGGGGGCACGGGUUCGAUCCCUUCUUGGGGAACUGUUGAUAAGAUCCUGCAAGCCAGGUGGCAAGAAAAAGGAAAAAAAAAAAAAAAAAAAAGCUCACUGCUUUUUCUAAUUGUGUUUAUCUCUGUGAUUUGAAAAAGGAACAUGUACAUGUCAAUAUUUAAACAUGAUUACAAUCAAUGCUGAAAAUGGUAUUUCCUCCCUUUUCUGCAUUUUGCUAUUGUAAAUAUGUUUUUUAGAUCAAAUACUUUUAAAGGAAAAAAUGUUGGAUUUAUAAAUGCUAUUUUUUAUUUUACUUUUAUAAUAAAAGGAAAAGCAAAUUAAUGA